GAAUAUUCAUGGAGCGUUUCUUUGACAGUACUUAGUUCAAUGAUCGGUUCACUUCUGACUGCGCACUUGGCCGAUCGCAUCGGUCGUAAAUACUGCCUUAUUGCAUGCAGCAUAAUGUUCACCUCAGGCUGGCUCCACAUGUACUUCGCAACUUCUGUGCGAAUGCUAUACUUUGCCAGAGGGAUUCUCGGUAUAGGCGUUGGUAUUGCCCGCACGAUAAAUCCCAUGUUCCUGUCAGAAGUUGCCGACAUCAAACUCAGAGGACGCCUGGGUACUUUAAUCGCAACGAACGUAUAUUUCGGGUCACUAGUAGCCUACAUUCAAGGACUCGCGCUGACGUACACGUCACACCUGCUGGCUCUUGCAGGAAUAUCCGCUAUAUCCAUCUUGCCGCUCAUGUGCUUACGCGAAACUCCGUAUUUCUUGGUGGCAAAAGGUAAAAAGGAGCAAGCAUGCAAGUCGAUAGCAUAUUACAACGCCAUCGAAUAUCCUGAUCAAGUGAGAGUAGAACUACGUGCUCUACGCGCUGAAGCCAGAUACGGAUUACACCAACAAUCCAGGAGAGAUUUACCCCCACCGUUCAGUAUUAAUUUGCCCUCGUCAUCAAGUGGCGAUUUACCCCCAUCGUACAGUACCCUUUUCCCCCCACCGUCAUGUAGAGAUUUACCCCCACCGUACAGAAGCAAUUCACCCUCACAAUCUAUACGCGAAACACACUCAGAUCCCACACGGGAAGUAGUAGGGACAGAAGCCACGUCCGAUUUAAACUUACCAUGCAGUAGCGACUCACAUACACAAUCCAUAUCCUCAGUACACUCAAAAUUCAAAUGCGAAGUACGUACACAAGCCACGGGCGAAUUACGCGUAGAAUACUCGCGCGACUCGCACGGACUACCACUCCAAACCACGCGCGAAUUACAUUCACAAUCCGCAAGCGACUUGCACCGACCAUCCACUGGCCAAAUACACCGGCCCCCGACAAGCCAAAUACACCCAGACCCCACAUGCGAAAUACACCAAGCAUCCACAAGCGAAAAGCAUCCAGAAGCAACAAGCGAAAUACACCCAGAAACCACAAGCGAAAUACUCCCAGAAACCACAAACGAAAUACACCGACCAUCCACAAGUGAAAUACCUCCAGAAAUCACAAGAGAAAUACACCCAGAAACCAUAAGCGGAAUACACCAAGAAGCAACAAGCGAAAUACACCCAGAAGCAACUAGCGAAACACACCCAGAAACUACAAGCGAAAUACACCCAGAAACCACAAGCGAAAUACUCCCAGAAACCACAAAAGAAAUACACCCUGAAACCACAAACGAAAUACACCGACCAUCCACAAGCCAAAUACACCGACCACCCAUCAGCCAAAUACUCCCAGAAACGAGAAGCGAAUUACACUCACGAGCCAGAAGCGAUUUGCGCACACAAUCCAGAGUAGAUUCUCGAGCAUCAACGGACAUAUCUGAGCCAUACAUGGAUUUAACUAAAUAUACCUGUUUAGAGAAGCUGCGAGCAAUACUACAACGACGCAACAGGAAAGCUCUGUUUAUCAUGCUUGGCUUGAUCAUGGCUCAACAUCUUAGCGGAAACUUCACCGCUACGCAGUACGUGCAAGAUAUCAUUAGCAGAAAUGCGACCUCUAUACUUGGAUAUAGCGUGAUGAUUUGUAUGGAGCUUAUCCGCCUUUUAUCUGGCUAUUUAAUCGCAUUAGUAGUGGAUUCGUGUGGAAGAAGAAAACUUUUAAUUCUGUCUGCGACAGGGACGAUUUAUAUAACGUUUCUUUUAACAUUCUAUUUUUACUCUCCUAAACGUAGGUCUAUCGAUUCCGCCAUGUCUUUUCUUCCCAUUUCCCAUUUUAUUUUGUAUCAAGUAGUAUUUCACAUUGGUUUAGGUGUAUUACCCAACGUUUUCCUAUGCGACUUAUUUCCUACGAAACUAAAAGGCAUUGUUGGUGCCAUCGUUGUGAUUUUCGAUGGUAUAAUUGGUUUUACCGCGUCGAAACUGACUCAAGUGAUUACCGAUAAUAUAGGAGUGUUUGAGAAUUAUGCGUUCUUCUGGAUAUCAUGCUUAAUUGCAUUAGUGAUGAUGUUCGUAUGGGUACCGGAAACGGGAGGAAAAACAUAUCGCGAGAUUGAAGAGCUUCUACUUGGUGAAAAUUUUAAUUCUUUGAAUGAAGAAAUUAGCACCAAUGAAAUGGAUACUCGUAGAAUAUGACAGGAAAAAUUGCACUGUACAUCCAUGGCGAGGUGUCUGC